AGAGCAUCACUGACGAAAGCAGUCCAUGGACUCUUGCCGCUUCGCAAAAGUUUGUUAUCUCUCUGCGCCAUUUCAGCCAAGUUAAGAACAAGUACUGUGGAACUCAUGCAGUCAUUUGGAAAUAAGCAUCUGCUGGACUGAAGGAGCCAAGAUGUUCCCAGUCUGCUAGCAAUAACACUCCAAUGGAGGCCUCUGGCAAAAGCGCUCCAGCAAGACAGUCUCCUUCCCCUUUCCAGGCGCUUGAGGCUGAACCCUUGGAAAGAAAAACAAGCAGGUUUCAAUAAUCUUAGCCAACUGAGAGGAAAAGAGAAAUACCAUUUCAGACAUGCCAAGGGCUGUGAUGAAAAUCAGUUGAGAUCAUCUAUGUGAAAGCGCUUAACAGAAAUCCAAAGGCACUCGAUGAAUGAAAUGAUUUUUAAAACCAUUAAGGAAGACUCAGAAAUAUAAUGUGAUCUAUACAUAUGUUUGUCCCUUCAUUAAAUGAACUCAUCAAGAGUUUAAAUAUGUGCCAGAUGAUCACCUGUUAUGCAAGUCACCGUAGUUUGCACAUAAUUCAGUUUAUGAUUCCUCUUGAAGUGACUUUCUGCUUCCAAUCAAAGCUCAAGAAUUCCACCUAAAAAUGUUUUUCUGCUCAAAAGCUCUUUUUUAUUACUUCCAUGUUUUGAGCCUUGUUCCAGAAAGCUGGGGUUUCUCCAGGUCUGACCACUAAUCAGUGAGACAUUGGUGCCUCUUUCUUCAGUGCUUCUAGCAGGCCUACUGAUAAGCUCCCUAGAUGAGAUACACUGCAUAAAAAAAAUGAUGCCCAAACAACAGCUUUAAGUGCCUGCUAGAUAUCUGUUCUUUCAGAAGUCUCUCUCCACCUAUCUCUCCAGUAAAGAUGGACUUAAAACUAAAAGAUUGUGAAUUUUGGUACAGUCUCCAUGGCCAGGUCCCAGGGCUGCUGGACUGGGACAUGAGGAAUGAGUUAUUUCUGCCUUGUACCACAGACCAGUGCUCUUUAGCUGAGCAAAUCCUUGCCAAAUACAGAGUCCGAGUAAUGAAGCCCCCAGAAAUGCCUCAGAAGAGGAGACCCAGUCCUGAUGGAGAUGGUCCUCCCUGUGAACCCAAUCUGUGGAUGUGGGUGGACCCCAAUAUCCUGUGCCCCCUUGGCAGCCAGGAGGCCCCAAAGCCCAGUGGAAAAGAGGAUCUGACAAACAUUUCUCCUUUCCCUCAGCCCCCACAAAAAGACGAAGGGUCUAACUGCUCAGAGGACAAAGUGGUAGAGUCUCUACCAUCUUCCUCCAGUGAGCAGUCUCCUUUACAGAAGCAGGGUAUCCAUUCCCCCAGUGACUUUGAGCUCACAGAAGAUGAGGCUGAGGAACAAGAGAACAACUCCCUCCAGUCCCCUGAAAUGAAAUGUUUCCAGAGCCAGAAACUAUGGCAAAUCAACAGCCAAGAGAAGUCCUGGCAAAGGCCCCCUCUCAAUUGUAGCCACCUUAUUGCCCUAGCAUUAAGAAACAACCCCCACUGUGGCCUCAGUGUGCAGGAGAUCUACAAUUUCACCCGACAGCAUUUCCCCUUUUUCUGGACAGCUCCGGAUGGCUGGAAGAGCACCAUUCAUUACAACCUCUGCUUCCUGGACAGCUUUGAGAAGGUGCCAGACAGCCUUAAGGAUGAAGAUAAUGCAAGACCUCCCUCUUGCCUUUGGAAGCUCACUAAGGAGGGGCACCGCCGCUUUUGGGAGGAGACUCGUGCCUUAGCCUUUGCUCAAAGGGAGAGAAUCCAAGAGUGCAUGAGUCAGCCAGAGUUGUUGACCUCUCUCUUUGAUCUUUGAAAUGCCACUGCUCCCUUUUGGAACACUGCCUUCCUUACUGUGCCUACUUAUCCCCUGACAUUCAUUAAUCUCUAAACUUACCCAGCCUGGUUGGUGCCAAGUCUGUCUUUAGCUACUGUUACAAUAAUGGUGUAAAGUUAGAGGUGGGUACAGGGGAGACAGAACUUAAAUCCAGGUGGAGAGUCAUGGAAAGUCGCACGAGGAGAGUGGCUGUUCUUCCAAAUUUUGAGCAAAGGAAAAAAAUCCUAGAAACAAUGGCAUAGAAACUAAGGAAAGAAGGGUGUGUUUUGUGAAAGAAAGGAAUUUUGUUUAUAGAGAGUAUUUUCACACAUGAAAGUGAACAGUGGAAUAUAAAGCAUAAAAGGCAGGAUGGAGCCAAGCCAUGGAGAACCUCGAGUGCCAUGUGAAGAGAAUUUGACUUGUGAUGGAGAAUCAAGUUUCCCCCUCUACCAUUCAUCAGCUACAUCUCCUUUUUAAGUAAACCAUUUUAUCCUUCAGAACCUCACUUUUCUAUUUCUGGCCCUGGACUUCUAAGCCUUGUUUCUUUGUCACCCAAUUCCAAUAUCGACAAAUAAUUCUAAACAGCUACUUUUAGUUUGUAUGUUUAACGUCCUGUGAAAUAUUCCUGUAUUAACCCCAAGCCUUUUGAUGAUAAAGCUUUAUUUUCUAUUAUUUUUAGUUCUGAAGAUUUUAUUGAGGAUAUGGAGGAUAUGCUAAUGUGUCAAGGUCCAUCUUAGAUGCUGAGGAUAAAAGGCUGAGGGAUACUAGUGGGAGACAUAUUUAUAAUGUAAAUAUGAUGAAACAGAUGUGAGAAAUUGACAUGGAAAUGGGGAGGCAUUCUUCCUGGGAAAGACAUGAAAGGGCGUUGGAAAAAAAACAUUUUGAGCUAGUUUUGAAGAAUAAAUGGUAAACUGGAGUAGAGGCAUUACAGAGACAACAAUGUGAACAAAGUGGAUGGAGUGUUUGGGGGAAUGGCAUGAAGUUCAGUGUGACUUAAUUACAUGAGGACCGUGAGUGACUAAGAGAAAACUAUUAGGUGUUUGGACUUCAUCUUGUGGGUUUUUGGGAGCCAAGAGAAAUCAGUGGAGUUUUGCUAAAAAACAAACAAGCCAGCAGCAACAACAAACACUACAGCAUUUGUUUUUCUAUUUUCAAAAUUAUCUUUAACAUCUUUUCUAUGCAAAUAAACUUUUGUUUAUCAGAUUUAAGCAUAGCUUUUUGCUUCAAUGAUAUUAACAUAUAUCCAGGAGAAAAUAGAUUUUUAGGUAUAAAUUUAGUUGCAAAACCUUCAUAAUGGGGGUACAAAAACGCCUAUAAGCUACAAAAGCAAUUAAUUCAAUAUAAUUGUAACUAUUUUGAAAGUUCACAUUUUUGUAAUGAUGUAUUAUAUCUCAUACAAAAUUGUAUAUUUAGGUUAAAUCACAAAACAACAUAUGCAAACAGUAUUUUUUGAAAAAAAUUGUAAAUGCUACUUCUGUAUCAUAAGGCAAAGUCCAAGUUAACAGAAUACCUUGGAAUUAAUAAAAUAUUCUGCAUGUAA